AUGGAGCUCACCCCGGUGCGCGCUCGAGGCAAGCGAAAAACGCGGCCGAGUCAGGCCGCCGACUUACCCGCAGGCAAAAAGCGACGCCCAGGCAGACCACGCACCCGCCCGUUGUCGCCGCUUCGCGCAUGGAAACCGAAGUACCUUGAGCUGCAGCAACAAUGGCACCCCGGCAGAGAAAUACUACCCCCAGGCAAAGAUCUGCCCACCCGGCCGAUCACGAAGUGGGACUUACCGCUACCCUGGCCAGAGGAGCUCCCCGGUUCGCUCUCGCAGUCGCAGACGCAGACGGAUACACAAAUGUCGACGCUGCCUGACGGCGCUCAGACACCCUUGAUAAAGAAGAAGAAGCGACGGUCCUCGUAUAUGAGGAAGCUGUCGCCCCUGGAACGCUUACCGGCCGAAGUGCUGCAGCAGAUUUUCCUUAACAGCAUGAACAUGAACCUCCCCGUCGCAAGCAUCGAGCUGCUUCACAAGCUGAACAGCGACCACAUCAAGCUCGAAUUUUCGUUUCGCAUGCUUUACUGGCCGGAUGAUGAGGAACGGACGGAAAACAUGGAUCUUCCCGACAUGCAGGGCAAGCUGCUCUCGCUGCGCUUUUUCGACUGGGACUUCUACAAGAAAUACGCCGCGAAGGCAUGUGAGAGGUUUGGCGCGUGGCCGUGGUUGCAGGAACAAGAUCCUCACGCCACGUUGGAAGAGCUCCUCCUACGGCGUGAAGCUGAUUACGAUGUCUUGGACCGCUUCAACCUAGGAUGCGAGCACGCUGAGGAGAUUCCCCCUUUCCUGAGGUUACAUGAGAAGACACCACUGCCAGCAAAGCUCCUCAAGGGCCCGUGGUACUACGGAAAGCACAUGAUGCUUCGUUUCUUCUUUAUUCAGAACCUUGGAAUCGAUCACGACAACUCAACCACAUCGGAGACGCUUAUCGAGGGCCUCAUGGGCAUCGCCAAGGAAAAAGAGUCGGACUACAUCGAAAUCGCCAAGUGGCUUAUUUGUAUUGCCAUUGCUUCGGACAUCCAGCUGCCUCAGAAGCUGCUCCGGCGUGCUGUCAUUGAUGGUGGCUGCGAUGAAGACUUAGUGGAGAGCAUGCUUACCUGGAGCUUGCACAGCGAAAUCGAGUACUUUGAUCCCAUGUUGUGGAAUUGGGCUGAGCGGGCGCCUGAAAAGCAAAAGGGACGCUGGCUGAUGAAUCAAUUGAGGGCAGCUGCAACUAACAAGGAGGAGCUUAUCGCUGAAGAACAGGCCGAGGAAGAAUAG